AUGCAGUGGCUCCAAGUCGUGCUGAGGUAUGCCUAUGUAGAGCUUUAUGCUCUUCCUGUUCGACUGGCAAAAGUGUUUGGCCUGAACAAGGUGCAGGCCUUCUAUCUCCUCAGGUCCACUUGCGGCAGUGUCUCUGCUCUCGGUGAGACCCUUUUCUGUGACGCGAUCUCACGCUCUUUUGGCCGGAGAGUUGGGCUGUUGAGCUUUGGUUUCUUGGCCGUGGGGAGUGGCAUGUUCCAUUCCUCAGUUGCAGUUUUACCAUCCAGCACCUGCAUGUACGCAGUGCUCUUGGGCUUUGCUGCGUGGCUACGGGGCUCCAAUGCUUUGGCGCUGAUUUGUGGGUCUUUCGCAGUGCUUUUGGGUAUGGCUGUGGCAGCUCCGAUGUUUGUCCCCAUGGGCUUCGUCGCCCUGCACCCGGACCACCUGGGUUUGGGGCGAGUGGUGGCAAUUGCUGCUGGGUCUGUUUUGGUUUUUGCUGUGCUACCCUCACUCCUGGACUGGAGCUACUAUGGGACACAAAGGCCACUCUGGGCGAUGGGCAACCACCUGCUCUACAACUUUGGCGUCGGCGGCGGCGGCGCUGGGGCUGAUCUUUAUGGGACGGAGCCAUGGACCUUUUACGUGAAGAACCUUCUGCUGAACUUCAACAUUGCAGCCCUUCUUGCCGCGCCAGCACUAGCAUGUACUUGGCGCCGCUGGCAACUCUUUGUCACCUUACUGCCCAUGUAUCUCACAUUGGCCCUGUUUUUCAAGAUGGCGCACAAAGAGGAGCGCUUCUUGACGAUGACGUAUCCGCAUAUUUGCCUUGCUGCAGCAGUGACUUUGGAUGCCUUCCUCAGUCUCGUGACCAAAGUAGUCAAGUCCAAGACCGUCGUGGGUCUCUUAGCUUUCUCCAUCAUGACCUUCUACUGUGGUGUCUCAUUCUCGCGCAGUGCUGCGCUUUGGCAUCACUUCAAGGCUCCUUUGCAGAUCUAUGAGAGCCUCUAUUACUCGAAUUUGACAUCUUCCAGAGCUCCCAGCGGCUUGUGCGUCGGGAAGGAGUGGUAUCGCUUUCCAUCCAGCUUUUUUCUCCCAGAGGUGGAGGCCACGACCUUGCCACUGCUGUGGGUGAACUCCUCCUUUGAUGGCCAGUUGCCGCAGCCGUUUGGUCCUUGGCCACGAGGCUUGUGGGAGGUGCCACCGCACAUGAAUGACCGAAACCUGCGGGAGCCCACCCGGUAUCAUGAGCAAGACAAAUGCAGUCUUUUUGCUGACUUGACGCUCAAGAACCAGGCGGAGGCGCCACUUGACAUCCAAACCUGGGAGAAGAUGCGAUGCGAACCCUUCCUUGAUGCAGAGUUCUCGUCGUUACCCUGGCGCGCCUUUUAUGUUCCUUUUGGCAUGUCUGAUGGCAAGAACAAAUUUGGAAACUACUGCAUCUACAUACGAAAAGGUGCAACAGGAUAA